CUUCGAAGCCAGCGACGUUGCGGAACGGUCAUCUCCUCGACCCCGUCGUCGACGUUAUUGCUCUCGCUCUUACGAACCAUCACUGUAUCCUGACUACUACACGCCGUACCAUUCCCGCCGCGACCGACCGCGCGAUCAACCCCACGACUCACGCGUCGCCGAGCUAUUCGAGGGCAUCACUGUUGAGGAGAGGAACUUGUCUGCGCUUGUGUCGUCAAUGGCCGACAUGGACGUUGGAAGUGGAGAUCGCUAUCGUGGAAGCGGGUACCGCGGAGGAGGGAACAAGCGUCGCCGCGAUGACGAGGACGACUAUCAUUAUUCUCCAGGAGGCCGUGGCGACCGCCGCGGGCCCCAGCGGCGACGUUACGAUGAUGCCCCACCGCGCCGCCGAUACGAGGAGCCUGCGCAUGCGAAACUGCGCCGAACGAUUUUGAACAUCGCGAGCUCGACCAAGCUGCCGCAGGAUGAAGCCAUUGAGAUCGCAGAAUACCUGCGGGACCACUUUGACGAGGAAGAUGCCCGCGGCGAAUUCUAUGACACGCUUCUGCAGCUCAUCGUGGAGCAGCCCUUCAAGAUUCCCUUCGUUGCCGCCGUCAUUUUCUAUGGCAAUCAGGCCAAGAUCGAGAUUGCCUCGGAAGCCAUAAAGCUCGUUGGCGAUCGGUUACAGGAGACUUUCAAUGCCGGACAGUGGAAAGAGUUCAAGCUGUUCCUUCGUUUCUUCGCAUGUCUGCAGCCUCUCUUCGAAGAGGACGGCAUCUUUGCGCUCCUUGGCCAGUUGUUCGACACGGUCGUGGAUCUUCAGAGUGCAAACGAGAACGACGUCGUUGGUAUUGAGCUUGUGAAGAUCAUUCUUCUCACAAUACCGUAUGCUCUGGUUUCGGGGGGCAGUCGCUACCAUGAAAAGGCUGGAGAAUUGCUGUCAAACACCGGGAUUGUGGCCGGAAACAUGGUCCCUAUGGAGUCUCUAAUUCACACAUACGACAAUGAAAACGAGGAUAAAGUCAUUGGGUACCACAGCAUCAUCGGCAUUCUUCAGCAACAGUUGACCAAGGAGUCGGAAAACGGAUGGGAAAUCGCGUGCAUCCCCAAGUUUGAUGCCGAGGCGCUCCAGAAGAAGCAGUCCGAGGACACUCUGCCUACCGCCCCGCCGACACACGCUUUCCCAACAUUCAUCAUCCCCUCGCCGGUCAACCCUGGUCCUAAACCUCUCUUCCCUGAGGCGUACUUUUCCCUCUUCGCAAACCACGAGAACGGCACCGUGCCCAAGACUGAGGACAUUGCUGCGUCUUUGAUUCGCGAUGCCAUCGUCGACACCAUCGAUCAACUCGACUUCAACCGAGAAGCAGCGGCGAAGUUCCUCAUCGAGCUCGACUCAUACUGGUCGUUGGACACCUUUGCCAAGCGUGGUACUCCCUUCGAUAAGUUCCGGGAGGUAGUUGGUGACAAGGUCAUGUACAAGUCCGAGGACAUGAUUAUCGACGCCAUCUUCUCGCAGCUAUUCAAGCUCCCGACGGCUGACCACAAGCUCGUCUACUACCAUUCCCUGAUCACCUCUUGCUGCAAGUUAGCACCCCAAGCGAUUGCUCCAUCACUUGGCCGCGCUAUCAGAACCGUCUACCAGAGCCUGCAUGUACUGGAUCUGGAAUUAACAUACCGAUUCCUGGACUGGUUUACACAUCACUUGAGCAACUUUGAGUUCCGCUGGCGAUGGGCCGAAUGGAUCGGGGAUCUUGAGCUAUCAAACUUGCAGCCCAAGAAAGCCUUCAUCAUUGCUGCCUUGGAUAAAGAGAUCCGUCUUUCGUUUGCCAAGCGCAUUCGCUCGACUUUGCCCCAGGAGAUGAACGAGCUCAUUCCGGCACGCCUAGAUGAAGACAACAGUCCGGAGUUCAAAUAUGACAAUCCAGACGUUCCGUACAGCGCCCAAGCUAAGGAGCUGAUCCAGCAACUGAAGAAGAAGGCCCCUGCUGAGGAGGUCCAGAAAACGAUUGACCAAAUUCACGACCUUGCAACCGAGCAAGGUGUUGCUGAUGUUCUCAUUCCUUCGACGGACGCAUUCGUAACUGCGAUCUGCAGACUGGGUGCCAAGUCUCUGGCUCACGUUCUCUCUUGCAUCGAGCGCGGCAAGGACCGCCUCAUCGAAGUCGCUCAAACUUCCGAGGCCGCUCGCCGUCAAAUAGUGGCCAGCGUCUUCGGGUAUUGGAAGGACCAGCCUGGCGUUGCUGUGCGCAUCAUUGACAUCCUCCUCAACUACACCAUCCUUGCUCCGAUGACUGUCAUUCAGUGGGUGCUAGGUGAGAACCUUGGUGCUGGAGAAGGCCUCGCAGAGAGCUGGGUGUAUGAGAUAGUGUCCAUCACCAUCGCCAAGGUCUCCAGCCGCAACCGCCAGAUCGUCAAUUCUAGGGUAGUUAAGGGUCUUCCUCAGGAUAUGAUCGAUAUGGUCGAAGCUACCUUGAGCAAGGACCGCGACGCUGCGCGGGAGCUGUUCAAGUACCUGGAGGAUGUUCUGCGUGCUUUCGCACAGGGCUCCACGGAUCGCUUGAUGGAGAAGGAAAUGAACGGGGAGAUAUCGAAGGAGGAUAGUGAGCUUAUCAAGGCGUGGGGUAAGCGUUGGCACACCGUGUUCGUGCGCAAAUCUGCGGUCGAGGAGUCGGUUGUUGGAGAGCAGGCUGUUGAGGCCCGCAUCAAGCUUCUUGCUGCUGAGCCUGACCCGGAGCCGGAAGCUAUGGAAACUGAGGUUGCCAACGGUGAUGCGACGGAAGAUGUUGCGACAAACGGCGAUUGAUUUGAGGUUGUCUCGCUAUCUUCGUAAAGGAGCGAGAUUAUGCGUCAUGCCCGUCCACCCCGACGAGCUUGUCGCAUUGAAAAUGUGUCUAAGCGAGGACGCUCAGGGGCAAAACCGCGAGAUGCGAAGGCCGAGGCUACUGAAUUGUAUUCACGGAGGCUGAAAGCAUCCAUUGGUGAAUGGCGUCUUUCUUUAAAAACUGCUAUUAUCAGGCAAAUCGCUGUCUGUACAGCCGUGCAUUCCAUACCUCAAGAC